UGUCAAGGAUUUAUUUGUUGACAUUUUGAAAUUUCCAAGAUUGCUUUGAUUUGCUUUAUCCUUGUAGUAGAUCACUUUAUCCUUGUAGUAGAUCACUGUUGGCUAUUUAAAUCUCGUCGUUUGUUGGGUCAUGAGUUCACCUUCUUUCUUGCUUUGGGUUUCAAUGUUCUUGGAUUUUCUUUGGACUAAUUCUUGUGUUUGUCUUGGCUAACUGACAGAUUUAAGAUUUGGGUGAUCACGGCUAUACUUCAUUUUGAACAAGCUAGUUGUUUUAUUAUCUUCUGGCUUGGAUGUGUAGCAUGUGUCACUAUUGUGGUGCCCAACUGCCUGAAUCUGAGUAUGAAAAGAAGAAACAAGGGAAUGAGAAUGCUUUAAAAUUAAAUGGUGAAGGGAACAAUUGGUCUUGUAGAUUUUGUCAAGAGAAGCUUGCGCAAGAACGUGUAAAGCGGGAUGGUUGGAAUCCUCUAUCGCCAAUGGUCAGUCCAACAACUUCGUUGUCCAGCACCGACAGAUCUGUCUCAAACUGCAGUGAUUUUUCAGUUGAUCUAAAUUCAUAUGACCGGGGGAGUCAAGAAGAAGGUGCAGUAGAUAAAGCUCAGGAGGAUGCCAGUCAUGCGCUGAAUGGCCAACUGCAUAAGUCAAGAUUGGAAGCUCCUGUAAAUGGAGUGAAUGGAUUGUAUAAGGAGACUGAGAACAACGUAGAGGAAAAGCUUAAUGGCAGUGACAGAGACAUUGUGAGGGACAUAGAAAUUAUGCACACUGUUAAUGGUCAAGAAACAAAAGAUAAUUCCACUCAGAGUCCUGUUGAAUCCUUUAAUGUAGGAAAUGAGAUUUCUAGUCCUGGUGAUGAUGAAGUGGAUGCUCAAGUUUGGGAGCCUCCUGAAGCAGAGGACCCUGAAGAUGAUCUGGAAGGUAGCGUGGCUUGUAAUGAUGAUGAUGAUGAGUGUGGUGAUGGCACUAAAUGGGGCAAGCCAAGUUCUUUGAGUUGCUGCAGGGAUCAAGGCAGUGGGAGCUAUAAGUUCAGAGAAGAAAAACAAAAGGCAAUGGAGGAGGCUGUAAAUGGGAAAUUUAAGGCCAUUGUGAGUCAACUUCUUAAAACUGUUGGUGUUGCCUCUAUGGGGAAUGAUUGUGAGAGUUGGGUGGAUAUCGUUAGUCUUUUAGCAUGGGAGGCUGCUUCAUUUUUGAAGCCUGAUGCAAUUGAUGGGAAAGGAAUGGAUCCUAAUGGUUAUGUGAAAGUGAAAUGCAUUGCAACAGGCUCUCGCAGCGAAAGUCAAGUAGUCAAGGGCUUAGUCUUCAAAAAGCAUGCUGCUCACAAGCACAUGUCAACUAAUUACAAGAACCCAAGGUUGCUGCUGAUCCGAGGUGUGCUUGGUCAGUCUUCAAGUGGGUUAUCAUCAUUUAAAUCAAUGGAUUUAGAAAAGGAUAAUCUGAAAUCUCUAAUGGACAUGAUAGACAUGUGCCAUCCAAACGUGGUUUUAGUAGAAAAAUCUGUAUCUCGUGAUCUCCAGGAAUCUAUCCUUGCAAAAGGAAUCACGCUGGUCUACGAUAUGAAACUUCAUCGACUGGAAAGAAUUGCUCGUUGUACUGGUUCACCAAUUUUAUCAUCUGAUACUUUGAUUGGUCAAAAGUUAAAUCAAUGUGACUCAUUCCAUAUUGAAAAGUUUGUGGAGGAACAUAAUGGAUUAGGUGAAGGGGGGAAAAGGCCAAGUAAGACAUUAAUGUUCAUUGAGGGCUGUCCUACACACCUAGGUUGCACUAUUUUGUUGAAGGGAAGUCAUAGUGAUGAAUUGAAGAGGAUCAAAUGCGUGGUGCAGAUAGCAGUUAUAAUGGCUUAUUUUUUGAUUCUUGAGACUUCAUUUCUUGUUGACUGGAAAGCGAUGUUCUCAACGAUUCUGUUACCUGGUGAGGUUAAUUUAUCAUUGAAGAAUAACUACCCUUCUGUUUUAGGCACCAGUGAUUCUAGCAUUCCUUGUGUUGAGCAGUCUAAUUCUGAAACUGGGCCAUCUACUCUUGAUAUUCCUAUUUCUAAUGGAUUCAGCGAAGAAGUUUCAGACAAUUUAAACAUGGGAUUAGAUGACAAUUCCAUGUCUUAUGUACGAUACAACCCUGUCAUUUUUUCUGGGUUUUCCUCUCUUUCAGCCUCUCUCAAAAAAGUUAUAGGGGACAGUUUACCUCUUGCCUCUGCUGUUCCAUAUCAUUCCCUGGCUAAUUACUUUGGCUUCAAUGGAAAAGAAGGUAAUAGUCAGAGCACAGAAGAGGUUCCAGUUUUGAAAAAUUCAGAAGUUUCUGAACAUUGUGAUAUGGAAUCUAAGGGUAGUUUUGAUGAAGAAAAAUCACUUGAUAAAACAGAACCUGAGUCUUUGAUGUCUCACAGUGAACCUGUGGACAGAGUAAAAGAUGUUGACGAUAAAGAUGACAAAGUAAAAGAUGUUGACGAUAAAGAAGACAAAGUAAAAGAUGUUGACGAUAAAGAAGAUCAAGUUCAGAGUAAGGAUGAUGUCAAUGCAGUGUUGGAGUCUCAAAGUAUUUUGGUUUUGAUGUCAAGCCGGAAUGCCUUAAAAGGGACUAUAUGUGAGCAAAGCCAUUUUUCUCAUAUCAUGUUCUACAGGAAUUUUGAUGUUCCUCUUGGAAAGUUUCUUCGGGAUAAUUUACUCAAUCAGAAACGCCAAUGCACCACUUGUGGAGAACUUCCAGAAGCUCAUUUUUACUACUAUGCACAUCAUAAUAAGCAGCUUACAAUACGAGUUAAAAGACUUCCAAAGCUUUUGCCUGGAGAAGCCGAAGGAAAACUUUGGAUGUGGAGCCGCUGUGGUAAAUGUAGAGAGAAGAAUGGAGGCCAGAAAUGUACAAAGAGAGUCUUGAUUUCUACUGCUGCACGGUGUCUGUCCUUUGGAAAAUUCUUGGAGCUGAGCUUUUCUUACUACUCUUCAUUUGGCAGAUCAUCCUGCUGUGGCCAUUCUUUAGAGAGGGACUAUCUCUACUUCUUUGGACUAGGCCCAAUGGCAGCAAUGUUCAAAUACUCUCCGGUUACAACUUCCACUGUGUCUCUGCCACCUCAGAAGCUGGAGUUCAGCCAUUCAAUUAGAUAUGAUUGGUUGAAGCGAGAAUUUGAAAACGUGUAUUCAAAAGGGAGAUUGCUCUUCAGUGGCAUUGCAGACACUUUGAAGAAGUUAAGAACUCAAUUUGAAGGUUCUGCUUUGAACCUUCGAGGGACACUAAAAGAAUUCUCUGCUAUUGAAGACAUGUUGAGGCAGGAAAGUUCUGAGUUUGAGGCAAGCUUUAAAAAUGCUGCUGCUGCUAAGAAUGAAAAUGCAGGCAAGGCUGGUUACAGGUUUCUUAGCUUAAAUCGAUUAUUAUGGGAACUUCUUCUUGAAUCAUGCAUUUGGGAGCGGCGGCUGCAUUCACUGGUUUUGCCUGGUCGAUCAUUUGUUUGCACUGGUGCUAUUGAGAAACCAGAGCACAGCCAGUUGAAGUCAAAGAUGAGUUGUACCUUUGAUGGAAAAAAUGGGGAGACUGAAAUUGUUUUGGGAAACAACAGUGGCCAUGUGAAAGAUGGUAAUUUUGUUGAAGAAAAUGGAAUUUCGAUGAAAGAAAUUCCAGUUGAUGGUCCUGUGCAAGAAUCUGGAGUACAAGAUCAUUUGGAUAAUUCAUUUCCUUUUGCUGCAGUUGAGAGGUCAAACAUGGAUGGUUUGAAUCAGGCCACAUCAUCCCACCCUGAGCUAUUGUCGAGACCCAAUGGUUCUUCCCAUUAUUAUUCUGGCAAUAGUAAUUGCCCAGCAGAUGAUAUUGCUUCUUCUGGGGAUUUGGAAGUGGAAAGGACAAUUCCAAUUGCCUCAGAUAUUGGAAACAGUGAUUCUUUUGUUGAUUCAGAUGUAUCUAAAAGGGGUACAUCUCUGCAUUCACUGGUAGCCAGUUUAGAAAACUCAAGUACCUGGUUUUGGAUGCCGUUUUCCGAAAUUCGUCAGAUAUAUUUGGAGGAUCUUGAGAGAGGUUUCAUGCCCAAAUAUCAGUCAGGUAGUAACUACAUACAGGAACACAUAUCUGCAGCCUAUCAACUAAUCAGUGAGGAAGGACCAAGGUUGCACAUCCCUCUUGGAACUGAAAAUUAUAUUGUGAGAGACUAUGAUGGUGAACUGUCUAGUAUAAUUGCUUGCUCUCUGGCAGUGUUGAAAGAUUUAAAUGUUUCAGUUGAGGUUUUUAACGAGGAUGGUCUUAAAGAGGGUGGAACAUUUGUGAAAGCGACUGAUAACUUACAUAUCCUGACUCGAAUGCCUUCACGUUGGUCUUCAAAUAGUUCUUCUGAUGCAGAUUCGUUCCAGUCUACAUCGAGUGUUUCUCUAGAGGAGUCACGCUUCUCAAGCUUUGAUGGGUUCAAUUUUUUGGAAUCUCUGGUUUCUCCUGAGAAUGUUAGCCCUGAAGUCUCUCUUGGGGUUACAAAAUCUCUUGGAAAGGGUAAAUAUUCAGUAAUUUGUUUAUAUGCAAAGCAGUUCCGUGAUCUUCGGAGUCAGUGCUGCCCAUCUGAGAUAGAUUAUAUCGCUUCUCUCAGUCGUUGUAUGAACUGGGAUGCUAAAGGUGGAAAGAGCAAAUCCUUCUUCGCUAAAACACUGGAUGAUAGACUGAUUAUAAAGGAAAUCAAAAAGACCGAAUUUGACUCAUUUGUUAAGUUUGGUCCUCAUUAUUUCAAGUAUAUGAAUGACUCAUUUGAGUUGGGAAACCAAACUUGUCUAGCUAAGGUUUUGGGGAUUUAUCAGGUGACAAUUAGAAAUACAAAACCUGGAAAAGAGACGAGGCAUGAUCUGAUGGUUAUGGAGAAUCUUUCCUUUGGUCGAAACAUUAUUCGUCAGUAUGAUCUUAAAGGUGCUCUACAUGCUCGAUACAAUUCAGAUGCUGAUGGUGCAGGAGAUGUUCUAUUAGAUCAAAACUUUGUAAAUGACAUGAAUAGAUCUCCACUAUAUGUUAGUAAUAAAGCAAAGCGUCUUCUGGAACGUGCUGUUUGGAAUGACACAACUUUCCUUAAUUCAAUCAAUGUAAUGGAUUAUUCUUUACUUGUUGGGGUAGAUAGCCAGCGGCAAGAGCUUGUAUGUGGGAUUAUUGAUUAUCUUAGGCAGUAUACAUGGGACAAACAACUCGAAACUUGGGUCAAAUCUUCUCUGGUUGUUCCGAAGAAUUUGUUACCGACAGUCAUCUCUCCGAAAGAGUACAAGAAAAGGUUCAGGAAGUUUAUGGCUAUACAUUUCUUGAGUGUCCCAGAUAACUGGUGCUCUCAGAGAUCGUCUGACCCUUGUGCACUCUGCGGGUUAAAUGGGAUUUCUCACUAGUUGGAUCAUUAUUUUUACUGUAAAUAGACUUCCAUCACAGUUAUAUGUAAAGUCAGCCCCCCAUUUGUUUAGCGAUUUUUAGCAAAUUUAUGGGGAUAGUUUUGCAUGUGUGGGUCUACUUUGGACCAGUUUGAAAUGCUUGUGAAUUUUGUAAAGUCCAUUGAGAAAGUGUAUAGAGCCGCGAAACUGGCUAUUUUUAAUCAAUGAAAAGUUGCUGACA